AUGCCUGUUUUCAGCGUAUGUGACGCUUCAUUCAAGACUUACGCUCUGGGAAAUCUAUAUUGCCAUGUGCUAGCGUUUCGAAUAGAUACCGAAAAAGAUUUUGCCGAUCUUCAGGUCACAGACUACACCUCCAAGGGAGAAAUCGCUGGAGACAGACCAAGUUCUCUAACAUAUGCAAACAUCGAUGUGUCGGCUACGGAAAUUCUCCAUGUGACGUUGAACCUAGAAUUGUUCAACAGACUUGCGCAGAAGUAUCAAGAAGUCACAGGCGAAGAGUUCUUUGCACGUCUGAAUGCUACAUUGUCUCAGAACAACUGGGUGAUUCUUCAUGAGAAACUCUGUCUCGCCAACUUACAGCUCAAAUUGCAGAAGAAACCGACACACUUGAUGGGAAAUGUGCAGCAGGCAUUUCUUCUUUCUGCUGAAACUCCCAACAUUGACCUGUUCUGGGACAGAAUGUUAGAAAGAUGUGGACUGCUUAUGUUGAAGCACGCGUCAUUAGCAUCAAAAGUGAUUGCAAGCUUAAGCCCGGAGUCAAUUGAGCGUGCAAACUCGUACUUGGGACCAUUGACGGUCAACUCUGAUGCAACGAGCUACUCUAGCGAGUCUCAGGCUCCAAUUAAGGAAGAGCAUUCAUUCGAUGACCUAGAUCUGCAACAACAACUUCGAGAUAUGUUGGAGCCCGCAUUUCAGCCUGCUCAGCCACAUAUACAAACUCAAACUCAGUCUCAAUACUUGACGCAGCUCCAAAGUCUUCAGCAAGACUCGCAACUUGGCCACGGCAAUCAUCGACUUCCGGAUACUUACUCACCUCAACAGUCCUUACUUCCGGAAUCGCAACUCCCGGCAGUGUCACAGUUUCCAGAUCUGUUGCUGGCAGAUGAAAAAGCAAGCGGCUUGUUCACCUUGUCCCAGUUGAACCGCAUGCCAAUGAUACCCAAUAAUCGCAUCUAUACUACCUCCGCCUAUGUGGUAGGAACCAUACCACAGAAUUUGUCAUACAUUUGCACCAAGGUAUAUGAGCUGACAGAUGGCCAAAUUCGUCUUUCGGAUCCACAUCUUGAGCCGCUUGAGCUCAUUCUACUGGACUCAAGCGAGAAGUGUUUGAACCCAGAUAAUUGCCUUGUGGCCAAGAUUCCAAAGGAUGAAUUGAUGGAGCUUUUCAGUCUACAGUAUAAGGAACAACUCUACACGAAACUUGAGGACAUCAAUAAACUCUUUAGCAGGCGCAAGAACAUCAGGAUUCAGUUGGAAUUAAACAUUACCGCAGAGAAUGCGAUACCACUGUGGACUACUCGGAAUUUAGAUAUGUCGAUGCUAUUGGGCUCCAGGUAA